AUGUUUUCCCGAUACUUGGGACUGCCGGCUUUGCUGUUCGCAGCAUUAGCUCACGGAUAUGCAAAUCCGAUUGGUUGUUCGGGCGAAUGUGUUGUUUAUGACCCUACGGUCAUUCGGAGAUCUUCUGAUGGAAAGUAUUUUCGGUUUUCCACUGGAAAUGAGAUUUCCUAUGUCACCGCAUCUAGUCUCGAGGGACCAUGGACAGCUGUUGGGUCUGUUCUCCCAGAUGGCUCAUCAAUUGACCUUGCUGGAAAUACUGAUCUCUGGGUGAGUUUCACUUCCCUGUCCCAAAGCCUGUCUGACUCCAUUGCGGAUCCUGUUGAGCUGACCUUGUUUCAUUUCCAGGCCCCUGACGUUCAUUAUAUCGACGAUCUUUACUACGUCUAUUAUGCAGUCUCAACCUUUGGCUCGCAGUCUUCGGCCAUAGGCUUGGCUACAUCGGCGACUAUGGAGCUGGGCACAUGGACCGACCACGGCUCUGUUGGAAUCGCUUCCUCCUCCUCGAAGAUCUACAAUGCGAUUGACCCAAGCUUGAUUGAAGUCGAUGGGACCUACUACAUGCAGUUUGGAUCGUUUUGGGAUGACAUAUACCAAGUGGAAAUGAAUUCUGCAGCAACUAAAACAAGUGGAUCUGCCUCCUACAAUAUUGCCUAUUAUCCGGAUGGCACUCAUCCCGAGGAAGGAUCCUACAUGUAUCAGUAUGGGGAUUACUAUUAUCUGUUCUACUCAUGGGGAAUCUGCUGCGAUUACAGUGACGCCCUGCCUGCUUCAGGACAAGAGUAUCAUAUCAAGGUCUGCCGCUCAACAUCAGCGACCGGGAAUUUUGUCGACCAAGAUGGCACAGCGUGCACUGAUGGGGGUGGUACUAUUGUGCUGGAGAGCCAUGGAAAUGUUUAUGGACCCGGUGGACAGGGAGUUUACGAUGACCCAACUUAUGGAACGGUGCUUUACUACGCCUACACAGACAUUACCAUCGGCUAUGCGGAUGAUCAGAAGCAGUUUGGCUUCAAUGUCAUUGACUGGUCUACUGGAUGGCCAGUGGUUUAA